GCUAAGGCACGAGAACGGAAGGAGAAGAUGUUAGCGAUGGAGGCAACGAGGCGGGCCACCAUGCAAAAAGGUGAUCUCGAACUCGAGGACGAAAUGAAGAACACAUUGCUGCUGGAUAGUGCGCAGAAAGCAACUGACGAAGAGCUGGAUGUUGUUAAACAUAUGAAUCAGAUGAUGCUGUACGCAAAAUGCGUCACAAUCAGAGAUGCUCAAUUGAUGGAAAAGCGAAAGAUUCAGAAAGAACAGGCAGAACAGGAGAAACAGUUCGAUGAGUUGAUGGAAGAAGAGCGUCUUAGGGCUAUAGAGAUCCAGGACGAGCAAGAAAAGAAGAAGAUUGACGAGAGGAAACGCGGAGCUUCCAUCAUACGGAUGCAGAUUGAACAACGCGAAAAGGACAGAAUAAGGGAGCAGGAGCAGCUUGACAUGGAAAGAGAAGCCAUGUUGCGUCAAAUAGAAAAGAUGAAAAUGGAAGAGCAGCAGAAAGAAGAAGGGCGGAGACAGCUAGGACAGCAGCUCUUGGAAGAAGCUGCCCUUGCAAACAAGAUUCAAAUCCAGCGAAAGCAGGAGCAAAGAAUGAAAGCGAUUGAAGAAGAUCAGCGCAUUGCUGAAUACAUUGCAGAGAAAGAUCGUAAAGAGCAGGAAUGGCAAGAGCAACUCGAAAAGGAGGCCAAGAGGAAGGCAGAAGAGACUGCUCGUUUGCGUGCAAUGCAAGAAAAAAUGGCUGACAAGCAAGCGGAAGAAGAUGCUCUUCGGGCAAAGCGAGCUCAAGAAGAUUACGAACGAGCAUGGAGAGCAAAGGAAAAGGCAGAGAGGGAGAGGAAAGAAUUGAUGUUGAAGGAGAUCAUGGAGUCCAGAGAAGAACAGAAAAGGACAAAGGAAAGAGUUCAGGCCGAAGCAGCACAAGCACAGAAAUUCCAAUUUGAAGCAAUUCUUGCCGUACAGAAAGCUGCUGAACAGGCGGAACUUGAAAAAGAAAGACUGGAACGACAGAAACGAUUGGAGCACAAUGAGUUCAUCCGCAAGCAGAUUGCGGAGAGUGAAGAGAAGAAGCAGAGGAAUCGACAAGAGUUCCUUGAAGAAGGAAGCAAGAUUCGGAUCGCUAAAGAGAUUGAAAGCAGAAGAUUGGAAUCCAUCAAGCAAAGGAAGAUCACAGAGCUUCGCAAUUCUGGAGUUCCAGAGAAAUAU